AUGAGAAAUCACGAAAAUCGACCCACUGGUUCUACACUAUUGCCUGAAGUGAAGGAGGUGUAUUCCCAUUAUUCUAAGCGUAGCCGUGGCAAAGGAAGAAAUUUUUCUGGUGUUAAUCACCCCCCAAAGAAAAAUAACCACCAAAAGUGGAAAGGGCCAAGGGCAAAUGGUUCAGAAACUGAAUGGUAUCGUUGCGGUGGAAAAGGGCAUUGGGCAAAUAUUUAUCGCAUAUCAAAACAUUUGGUUGAGCUUUAUCAAGCAUCUCUAAAGGAUAAAGCUCCUGAAUCUAAUUUUGUCUAUGACAAUGAAUUUGACAUCACUCACUUGGAUGUGGCACAUUUUUUUGAGCACCCUGAUGGAAAAAUAAACCACUCGAUCGGUGAUGGAUCUAUGGUUAAAGAUGAUUGA